AUGGUCCUGCGUGUCGAGCGUCGUUUUCGUACACUCCCGCCCCCCAAAGUUGCGAUGUUCGUCGUCGCUUCCCUCCUCCCCGCCGUCGCCUCUCCCUCCUCCCCGCCGUCGCCUCUCCCUCCUCCCCGCCGUCGCCUCUCCCUCCUCCCCGCUGUUGCCUCUCCCUCCUCCCCGCCGUCCCCUCUCCUCCUCCCCGCCGUCGCAUAUCCUCCUCCCCGCCGUCGCCUCUCCCUCCUCCCCGCCGUCGCCUCUCCCUCCUCCCCGCCGUCGCCUCUCCCUCCUCCCCGCCGUCGCCUCUCCCUCCUCCCCGCCGUCGCCUCUCCCUCCUCCCCGCCGUCGCCUCUCCCUCCUCCCCACCGUCUCCUCUCCCUUCCCCGCCAUCGCAUCUCCUCCUCCCUGCCGUCGCCUCUCCCUCCUCUCCGCCGUCGCCUCUCCCUCCUCCCCGCCGUCGCCUCCGGCGACAGGUGCACGAGCGCAAGCGCGAAUUGGUGCGGUGGUUGUUUUCUGAGUUGUCGUGGUUAUCAGGGAGUGAGUUGCAUUCACUGUUUCUUCUUUCCUAUGUAG